AUGCUUCCAGAUAUGCUCUCAAAAACAGUUUCGUUGGUUACUGGCGCCGGUAGUGGCAUUGGCAAAAAAGUGGCACAAUUGUUUGCUGCCCAAGGAAGUCGAGUUUGUGGCGUAGACGUCAAAUCAUUCGAUUCAUCAUGCGAACAUUCAUUUGUAAGUGACAUAGGUCAACGUCAGUCUGUUGUUAAAUUAGCUGAUGAGAUCUUUUCUCGUACUCAAUCAUAUCCAACAAUAAUUGUUAAUGCAGCUGGUAUAACAAAAGAUUCAUUACUAUUAAAAAUGCGGGAGGAAGAUUUUGAUGACGUUAUUCGUGUUAAUUUAAAAGGAACAUUUCUGAUCAAUCAAAUUUUUAGUCAACGUUUAUUAGCAGAAAAUCCGACUGAUUUAAAAGCAAGUAUUAUAAAUAUAUCAAGUAUUGUGGCAAAAUAUGGUAAUGUUGGUCAGUGUAAUUACACGGCAUCGAAAGCAGGCGUUGAAGCCAUGACAAAAUCUAUGGCUAAAGAAUUAGGACGUGCUGGUAUUCGUGUUAAUGCUAUAUUACCAGGCUUUAUUCAAACGCCAAUGACUGAUAAAAUUCCGGAUAAAGUGAAACAAAAGUUAUUAAGUAACAUUGCCUUGGGUCGUAUGGGUUCACCAGAUGAAAUAGCUCAAGUUUGUCUGUUUCUGGCUUCAAAUAGUAUGAGUAGUUAUGUGAACGGAGCAAGCAUUGAUGUAACAGGCGGACUUUGA